UCUUAGGCGUCAGUCGUGAGUUGUCGAAUAUAUUGCAACAUUGCCCGGUCCGUUUGGCUAAAUAGGGCUACGUGAAUAUAACCUAAUAAUAAUAAUAUCACGUAACCCUGAUUGGUGUCCGCAGCAAUCAAGUGUGGUGAUAUUGUACAUUUUCAUCGAAGAUUUCUAUAAUGAAAUAAAGACGGGUACGAUUACGAAUCAUACGAAGGAAAUUUAUUAUUACAUGUGACUUUCUCAUACAGUGGUGAUGUCAACGUUAUCGCUGGAAUACGGAUUUCCAGUGUCCCGCGUCGGCGGCGCCAUGUCCGAUAACGGCGACGAGUCGUCGACCACGCCGUGGAACGUGACCGCCACCCUGCCCGCCGCGCAGUUGAACACCACCGAUGACCUCGCGAACGGGCUGUACUGUCACCCGGACAGCUCGGCCGCGUUCCAGACGCUCGUCUACCUCACGUACACGGUCGUGUUCGUCGUGUCGCUGGUCGGCAACGGUCUGGUGUGCUACGUGGUGAUGUUCUCUGCGCAGAUGCACUCGGUCACCAACCUGUUCAUCAUGAACAUGGCCGUCGGCGACCUGCUCAUGACGCUCUUCUGCGUCCCGUUCUCGUUCGUCGCCACGCUGCUGUUGCAGUACUGGCCGUUCGGCAGCGACCUGUGCCACACCGUCAGCUUCGCUCAGGCAGUCGCCGUGCUGGUAAGUGCUUACACGUUGGUAGCCAUUAGUGUUGACAGGUACAUUGCGAUUCUGUGGCCCCUGAAACCAAGAGCCAGCAGACACCAGGCCAAAUACAUAAUAACGUUGGUUUGGACUGUAGCUGUGAUUACAGCGUUUCCAAUACUUCUAGUUACAACAUUGGAACAGCCAUCGAAUUGGCAUAAGCAAUGCGGACUCUAUAUUUGCAACGAGAACUGGUCAAGUGAGAAAGUCCGGCAUUACUAUAAUGUAGCAUUGUUGGUGCUUCAGUAUUGCAUACCAUUCAUCGUUUUGCUAUUUACAUAUGUAAACAUCGGAGUCGUUGUAUGGGGUAAAAGAACUCCAGGCGAGGCACAGAACUCUAGAGACGUUAGAAUGGCCAAAUCGAAGAGAAAAAUGAUAAAAAUGAUGGUAACUGUGGUAAUAGCGUUCACAGUUUGUUGGCUGCCAUAUAAUAUACUUUUGAUCCUGUGGGACCACGAACCUUCGCUGAGCACGUGGAGCAGCCUUCCGUACGUCUGGUUCCUGUUCCACUGGCUGGCCAUGUCGCACACGUGCUACAACCCGCUGAUCUACUGCUGGAUGAACACCCGGUACCGGGCCGGUUUCGCGGCCGUGCUGCGCAACGUGCCCGGGUUCGGCCGGUGCUUGGGCGGCUACUUGCGGGCCACACAGCACCAGUCGCACCACUACAACAGCCACAACGACCCCAGUCAGGCGGAAGGCCUGCACCGGAUCAACACGACGUCGUCAUUCGUGUCGGUCAAGUCGCGGCUCAAGUCGUUCAACGGGCGACCCGCGACGUACGGCCGAAGCCGCCAGAACUGGCACGAGGAAAGACUCUGAGCGCCGGAACCGUUCAUCCGGCAUCAUCGACGACGGCCAGACAUCCGAAAACGGCGUGUUGUCGCUGCGCGGUUUCGCCGGCUGCGCCUUUUGAUUCCGACUCGGGUACGGCGCACCGGCGGACAACCGACAAACAUGAACCGCACACUUUGUGUACACUUAAUGCUGGUCUGUUCGGCCUACACCAGGCGGCACUUGGAAAUCAUACAGGUGUAUGAGAAGAACGGACGUGCAGAAAGUUACCACGGUUACAGACAGCCCCCUCCUCCCUUGAAAUAGCGGUUUGUUAAUCAUUUAUCAUUUUCAAAUCGCUGAUUUUUUAGAGCAACCAACCAUAAAUGUGUCUGCAAAAUUGUAAAAUAAAUGCUCAUUAAUUUCCAGUUUAUGAUAAUAUAUAAAACCACAGAACUUAGACAAUUUUACCUGAUUUUAGCUUAAACGAGUCCAUCCAAAGUUAAUUUUCAACGUGAACAUGAUUUCUAUUGUAAAUUGUAUUAAUUGAAAUUAAAAAAAAAAAGAUAAAAUAUGCAACUGUUUUUAUAUGAAAUUAAUGAAAA